ACGUCAUUGCAUCAUUUGCAUACUAAUCGCCAUUUUGGAUUUUAUAUUAGCAGGGGCUAAGCUCUUGUAUCCGCGAAAUAUCAAGGUCAUCGGUGCCUUUUAAAUCUAAAUCCCCGUGAUUUUAUUGUCUUUAUACUUUACCCAUUGGAACGGACCGGUGUAUAACGGUUCGUUCAUAGGGUACUUGGCAAAAGUAUCUCUGAUGUAUAUCUUGACAAGAUGUCCUCCUUCUCGGGGUUAGGCAAUAAGGCCGACAAGAACAAAGGAAAGUUCACAUCUAUCAACAUAAACACAAUAUAUAAAGGAAAGAGCGUUGAGCAGCAGAAGACACCAGUAACACGUCAACAUGGUUUGCAAAGCUUGGGUAAAGUGGGCAGCGUCCGGCGCAUGCCGCCUCCGGCCAAUUUACCAAGUCUGAAAAGUGAGAAUAGUGGGAACGAUCCGAACAUAACAUUAGUUCCAACAGGGGGAGCAGGAUGGGGCAACAAGGAGAAAGAGGAGAAGGGAGGCAGUGGCAGUCCGCAGCCAUCGUCGCAGCAGCAGCAGGUUACUACAGCGCAAUCUCUGGGGCAAACAAACAAGCCUGUAGUAUCUGCCGCAGCAGUCACUGGCACAGUAACAGGGCCAGUUCACACACCAACAUCACAGACACCAACAACAGUAUCAGCCACACCGGGCACACCUGUAACUCCAGGGGGCACAAACAAUACAGGAGCAACAGGUGGGGCAAAGUCAUGGAGCAGUGUAACCAUGGGGGAGCCGGUGAAGAAGAUAGUGGGGCACAAAUCACCAUACUUUCAAGACGAGUUUCCAACAUUGGCAUCAAGUGGAACAGAAGGAACAGACAAACCGAAAGAAACACCAGACAAAAAAGAAGGCGAGACGGCAAAGGAGCAGCAAUAUGGACCAGGGCCAAGCUUGCGUCCACAAAAUGUCGGGAAUUGGAAGGAAGGAGGAGGUCGUGGCGCUAUGCAGCAGCCCUCACCCAGCAAAGAUGCACAAUCUGGGCCGUCAUCUGGCCUCGAAAGCCAGACAGAAACACAGCCGAAUGGCCCCCAGAUGUCCGGUGGAAGUGGAGCCGCUGGAGACUCCCCUCACGUGCCUCAAAUGCCCGGCACUGCUGCAGGGAUACCAUUGAGGCCAGGGGGUGCCCAGGGCCAGGGUGGACCAAUGAUGGGUCCACCACCGUAUGCCAUGCCACCUGGAUACAGGGGCAUGAUGCCACCCUAUAUGUAUAGAGGGUUUCCUCCUUAUCCACCGCCAAACUUUCAAGGAAUGCCACCACGACCACCCUAUCCAUAUGAUGGAAGGUUUGCGCGGCAUCCUCCACCACACAUGCAGCCACAGAGACCAAGUGGAGGAAGAAGAAACGCGAAUGAAUUAUUUGAUGACAAAACGGAACUUUUGAAUGUGGAAAUCCUAGCAUUUUUCUUGAUUCCCAACCGACUGGCCUGGGCCAGUGCACAAGGAGAAAUAGAUUACAGUGAAAAGCUUGUGUUUAGUGAUGAAGAAGAUGAAAAUGGGGAACCUGGAAAAAGAAGCAGAAGGAGCAAAGCUGAGAAGAUGCAGCAGCAACAUCAGGCACAUAUGGAGAAAGAGGGUAUAGAUGAUGAAAGAAAAGAGAAGAGAAAGGCAAGUGAUAGCGUAGAGAACGAAGAGACCAGUAAUACUGACGAUGGGUUUAAGGUUAGUGAAGGACAGUCUCCAAGUCCAAGGGAAGCAUGGGGACCUGGUGGGCCAAUGCAUCCACAGUUCCGAGGGAGACCACCUCAUCCUGGCAUGGAUGGACGUGGCUGGCAAAUGCCACCAUUUGAUUUUAUGGGACCACGGGGACCAUACCCACCACAUUACAGAAUGGCUAUGCCACCACAGGGUCCUCAACCAGGACAGAGACCUCCAUUUCCUGGACAUCCUCCUCCUCCACAACAACAACAAGGGGGAACCAGUCCUAACAAGAAAGGAGACGAUGAUGAUGAAAUGUGGCGACAGAAACGUCAGGAGAGGAACCAGGAGUUUUCUACUGCAAUAGAGAGGGCGAGACAACGUCGUGAGGAGGAAGAAAAGAAGAUGGAAAUGGAGAGAAAGAAAGCUGCACAGGAGAAAUUGAAAGCUCUUGAUGAAAGGACAAAAAAGAAAGAUGAAAGCAAGUCUGAAAAUGAUGGAGAUGAGGUUGAAGUAGAUAGUAAAGUGGAAACAAGAUCAAGUCGCACCAGUGAAAGUGAAAGCGACAAAGGUGAUAGACCGUUAUCCAGGGAUGGACAAAAAUAUCCACAGGGUUCUCAUAGUAAAAAUUACUCUAGAGUUCCACCAAGGUUCCAGAAACAGCACUCGGGUGGUGAUCAACCUCAUUCCCCUCAAACUUCACAGCCUGGUCCAACUUCACCACAGCCAAUGCCGGCUCAAAUGAGACCUGGUCAAGGUCCUCCAUCACCAUGGGGACCAUAUUGGGGUGCUAUGCAUCCACAUCCAUUCAUGGGCUAUGGUCCAAGACCACCCAUGGAUAUGCAAGGUAUGCCAAUGUACCCGGGUGUGAGACGAAAUCGCACUGACAGUCACGGAUCUGGGACAGAAAGUCAGGAAGAGGCUAGAGAGGAAGCUAGAAGAUUUCAUCCACCUCACUUUGAGGACAUGAGGAGACAGGCCCCAUACAUGGACCAGAGAAUGUAUCCAGACUUUGAGAAAAUGGAAGAGUACAGGAAUGCAAGGGAGUUUGACAAGGGACCGAAUAAGAGUAUGGAAUAUUAUCUACACAACAGUGGCCAGUAUGAGGAUAUAUCUGAUCAGGAGAAUGAAAGUGACUUUAUUGAACCAGAACCAAAACAGCCUGUUGUACAAAAAGAUCCAUUUGAAGAUAAUUCAGACCGAGAGGAGAGAAGAACACCAUCUGAUAAGAGCGACAGAAUGACAGAACAAGAACACAGGACACUUCCUGACCUGAAAGAAAGGGAAGAGAAGAAAUUUGAAGAGGAGACAAGGGAUGACAAGUUUGACAACCGUCAUAAAGAUCGUGAUGCUGGAAAUCAAAGAGAUAAAGGAAGGGAUAGACGGACAGAUAGACAGAUAUCUAGAGAAAGUGAAAAGGAUAGGCAUGACAAGAGAGAUGGUCAAGGUAGAAAUGACAAGAUGGACUCCAGGCAUGAGAAGUCUGACAAACAGGAAGUUAGGGAUAGAUCUGACAGCAAACGUGACAACUACUUUGAGAAAGGUGAAAAAUCUGAGAAGUCUAGAGACAAAGGUGACAGGAUGGAUCGAGGAGACAGACAAGAUAGGGGUGAUAGAAGAGAUAGAGGGGAUAGGCGGAGACGUGAUAAUGAUAAUAACUGGCAAGGUGGUAACUUUAAACAAGAUGAUGGUAGACCUCACAAAAGAGAUCAUUACAAUGCUCCACCCCCAAUUACAAUGAGAGAAUCACAACAAAAUACUCCACCACGUAGUAACUUUGUCUCACUGAAGCGACCGGCCUCCACACUAUCUAAAUCAGACUCUAGAGAAUCCCCGGCUAGUGACAAAAUUGAUGAUCACAGCAAUAAGGUUCAGGAUCAGAACAAAGAUAUGAACAAAGCCAGUGUUGUUAAAGAUGAAGUCAGCAAGGAGGUACCUGACAAAGAUAACAAACAAGAACAAUUAGAAGAUAAAAAAGAAAAAGAUAAGAAAGAAUCCAGUGAAAAGAGUGAAAGAGUUGAUCAAAAAGACAGAAGAGAUAGAGAUGACCGUCGUGAUCGUGACAAAACUGAAAGAGGGGAACGUUCACACCCUCCAGCUAAACGAAUGAGAGAUGAGCCUCGUGAACAGAGGGACAAUAGAUACGAUAAUAGGUAUAAUGAUAAUAGGUCACGAAGUGCGCCUAGAGGAAGAGAGUUUGUAAGAGGAGCAAGGAGUCGAGGAAGGGGUCGUGGAGUAAGAGGUGCUAGCACAGGUGAACGUGGUUUCCCAUCAAAUAGACGUGGUGCCCCGAGCGGGCCUCAAAGAGGUGGCUCGAGGGAAUUCAGAGGCUAUGAGAAUAACACGGACAGAAGAGAUAAUCGAGUGCGAGGAAAUGCUCCCUCAUAUGCAGAAACUGCCAAACCAUUCUCUAUUGACAAAUGGGGAGAGGAACCACAGAACGAGACAGAGGAGAUCCACAAGAGGAGGCGUGACAAAGACGAGGAAAGUGAUGUUUCUGUCGAGGAAGUCACGUCAGGGAGUGAAGAUUCAAACAAGGGAGACCAUGACCGACAAAAGGUUGAUGAUAAGCCAGCUGGUGGUCACAUGUCAAAGCCACGUGACAACAGACAGCAGUUUCAUCAGCGGGACCGACGAGACAACAGACAAAUGGGAGAUGAUGGUGAUAGAUAUAUUAAGGGGGAUCAGAGAUCACCUAGAGAAGACAAAUUUGCUCAGAGAGGGGAACCAUCAAGGAGGGGGAGAGGAGGUGGAUCUGCAUAUAGAGGUAGAGGUGCAGUGAGAGGAAAUGAUCGUCGUUACAACUCUGCACCACCAGUUCGUGGAGGAUUUGGUAAACCACCUGGUAAAGAGUACAGGGGACCUCCUGAUGAUACAAGAAAUGAAAAUAGGAGGGAAAGAAGAGGUGAAAGAAACUCGCCCCCACCAAGAUUCUCUCGUGGACGGGGAGAACGAGGUGGAUUUGAUCGUGGUGGAAGAGGUAGAGGACGUGGUAGGGGACCAAGUGCCCAAUCAGCCUCGGGAAAGGCUCCUUUGACUAAACAGAAUUCAUCUGAUAUGGCAAAUGAGGAGUGGGAAACAGCUUCUGAGAGUAGUGAUGUGUUGGAUAGAAGAGAUUCAAAAAACGAUAUUAAAGACGGUCGUGAUAAACGUGAUCCUAAAAAGAGCUUUUCUAGUCAGAGACCGCAAAAUGAUCGACAGAAUCGACGUGUAAACUCUUCUGAUCAACGUGGUGGAAAUAGAAACUAUGAUCAUUCAAAAAACUAUCAUAAAGAGAGGAUACCCAACUCCUCGCUGACAAAAAAUGGGUUUGCACCACAGGCAAAAAACGGGAUGGGUGGGGGCAAACGACCCCCACAGAAUGCCAAUAACAAGAAAGAGAACUCCAACCAGGUUUUCAGGGUGGACGAAGUUGUACCAAUUGACCAAAAUGCAAUUAAUAAUGCUAUUAAUAACUCUCUUAAUGAAAAAAGUAAGCCCUCACGCAAAGGAGACCUCACUGAUGUUUCAAAACCACUGAAAGCUGAGAAGGAAAAGAAAGAUGCUCUUGCAAACAUUGAUCUGAACAAUUAUGCCAGUGUGGUUGUAAUAGAUGACCAGCCUGAGGUGACAAUUGAUGACCCCAACUUCCUGUUUGAGAACAAUGAUGGUUUCCAGGAAGUGCAGUCAAAGAAAGCUUUGAAGAGUAAGCAGAAAGCUCAGGAGGCCGAGAACAAAAAACAGGCAACAGAAGGACAAGAAAAUAUUCUUAAGAAAAAAGAAGUGGUUUCAAAAGUUGUAGCAAAGCCAAAAGGUGUACAUACUGCUGCAGACAAACCACGUCAGAAUUACAAACUGUCCAAGUUGCCACCAAGGUUCGCCAAGCAGAGAGAACAAUUGAGAGGUGAGAAGAGUAAGAAUCCACCUGGAUCAACUGGACUGGAAGAAGGGAUGCCCGUGUCAACAUUCAUGCCAAAGAUAGAGAAUUGGGACAAUGAACUGGCCAAUAAUAUCCCACCUUUGAUGUCACAAGUUAUAAAUACAGAAGUGAAGCAGCCAGAUAUUGACUUGUCUAAAAAUAUUGGCAUGGGAGGUUACUCUCCAGUAGUUGGUCAGACCAAUCUUCAGAAUCUGACCCAGAUGGCCCAGCAACAACAGCAGCAGCAGUCCCAGACCUCACAGGCACAACCGUCACUAGCACCAGCCCCUGUACCCAGUGUUAAUGCCUGGAAUAAACCCAUUAACUUUGCUUCAGUUACCAGUAUGCAAGUUCAAGUUCAGGUUGGACAAGAACAAAAGUUUGAUAAAGGGGAUCAGCAUGACAGUGGUAUAGAUGUUAGUGAUCAUCCUAACAGUGGAGGUUCCUCUACUCGUAGUUCUCCUAGUACAGAAAAUAAAAUAGCUGUACCCAAGCUAGAAAAGAUUAAUGAAAAGACCGCAUGUGUUGAUGUGAAGUCUGAAAUGCAGAAGUCUCAGUUUGAGACAAGCCCCAAACCUCAGAGGCAACAAAAGCCAAUCCGCAGUGAGAAAGUGAGUGUGAAGGAAACCAUGAAUAAAGUAGACAAGGCAGUAAAGAAACCAGAGUCUAAAGUGCGACCCAGCAACUCUAUGGAGAAACCACAAGCUAUCCAGUUACCACCUAGCUUCAAGGACUCCAUAUUUGGAAAGGGAGAUGACUCGAGUGAGAUAAAGUUAGACUUCACAUUUGAUGCGGAGCUUGCAAAGUUUGCUGAAGAGAAAUCGGAGUUGCCAGGAGACGACAUGCACGAGGACCCUUCACCAGUUGCUAUGACACUAGGAACAACAAGCAAUCCUAGCAGUGUGAAUAAUGCACCAACAUCGCCAGCUGCUCAAGACCUUAACAUGAAGAUAGCAUCAGUGAAAACAGUCUGGGAUACACCAUCUGUACCUAAUGUUGGAAAUGUUUUUGAACAAAACAUGUCCGGUGUAUCAGCUGGAGUGAGUGUAUCAGAAACUUUCCCCACAUUCAGCCCUGCUAAUGUUGAUAUGGGUAUGGAUAACCAUUCUAUUGACCUUAGUGACAACAUUGGGGUGGGAAGCAUGGAUGAGAAUAACAGUAAUAUUAGUGGUCCAACCACCAACAUCUCUCCCAGGGGUCAAGACAACAUGGGCUUUGGUGGCGAGCCUGACAUUACAACUAGAACAUCUUUCUCUGUUGAUGUACCACCUUUCAAAUCUCAGCUCACCAGCGUGAACACUUUCUCCCAGUCAGACAUGGGCAAGGUGUUCAGUAAUUCUGACAAUCAAGUGUAUAGCAAUGCUCCAAGGGACAUUGAUGGAUUCUCAGUAGGUGGAGAUAUGGGUCAGAACUAUGGCCAGGGAUUCUCUAAUGCAGAUUCUGCGCAUUCGUACUCACAGGGGUUCUCCUCGGGAUCCGGCUCUGUGCAGACUUACUCUCAACCAUUCCCGGCCAGUUCAGAAACAUUCUCUGGUGGCAAUGAAGUAGGCAGCUUUGCCCAGACUAACCUUACAAAUAUGAUGGAUCUGAAGACUGCUGCAAGUGAGAAGAGUAAUAUUUGUGCUGUGAAACCACAGCAGCUACAAUAUCCAAAUUCAUCAAGCAGCACUGGCAAUCAGCCAGGUGUCAUAACCAGUUUAAAUGGAGUCACUGAACCAAGUCCUCCUGUUCUUAUACAAAAUCAACAACAGCACCCAUUCCAACCUUUCCAGCUUGGGUCACAGCUUAUUACUCCCCAGGAACCGAGGUUGAGUCAUUCAAGCUUCAGUUUUAACCUAUCACAACUGCAGCAGCCUACAUUAGGACAGCAGCCAUUCACUCAGCAAAACCUGUUCAUGCCAACUACUCCAACACAACCAGAUCCCUAUCAACAGUCCCAAGUUGCUCCUUUCCAAAGAAAUCCACCACAGCCAUAUGGACAGACGCCGUCACAACAGAACACAAUAAUGGUGUCCGCGGCAACAUCAUCACAGAUGUCCUCUGCCAUCAAACCUCCUUCACAGACUGGUUUUGGUACCCAGCUUCCUAGUAAGAGUCUUGGACCUAACAACAUUGCAUUUGGUCAGUCUGGCUUGAAUAGUUCCACCUUACAACCAUCUCAGGUGUCUUUCAUACAGUUUGAUCCAAGCAGCCAGUUGUUCGGCACCAGUCAGAUACUGGGUACAUCACAGACCCAGAAUGUGAAUAAUUCUCAAAUACUCGGCUCCAUGGUUCAGCAAAGACCAGCAGGACUACAGAUUCAAACCCCAUCAUCGUUCUACCAGCAGGCACAACAAACGCCAAUACAACCACCUGCUCCACUCCAACAGACUGGCUUCUUUCCCACACAACAAGCAAAUAAUAGUCUACAGUUUGGAAACAGUCAAACUAUCAAGCUUGGUGGAACAGACCUGACCUUCCCUGCCUCAAUGCUGCAGGGCCUUCAACAGUCACAGCAGGCUCAGUCUGGUAACCAGCAACCUACAGGCACCCCCACAGGGCCACCACCAUUUAAUCAACUCUCUUUUGGUACUCAAACCUUAAACCUGCCGAUGCAGCCGUCGGGCCAGUUACCUCCUGGUCAACAAAUGGGAAUGGGACUUGGGAAGACAGGAGGCUUCUCCUCACAACCACAGAUUUCACCAGUACCCCCAUCACUGAAGUCGCCUCCAAAUAAUAUGACAACAACCACUGUGGCCUCAGCCCCGGUUCCAGGUCAAAAUGUGAACUCCAAACCAUUUACCUCACAGUUAACCAGGACGAAUCAACCACCGCCUCAGCCACCUGUUAACCAGCCAAACACAAAUAUGGCUGCCCCACAAAGGUUUCCAACCAUGGCAUUCAAUAAUUCUGUUCCUCCAAAUACAGGAUCCCCCCAGCAACAGUUCAACAACACAUUCAAAGGCUUUACAUUACAAGGUGCUAUCCGACCUCAGAUGAUCUUAAGUAACAUGCUGAGACCUGGCCCUCCUGUGUCCUUCCCUAAUCCUAUACAGCGACCCAUGGGACCCUCCCAGCCUGCUCGCCCUCAGAGACCGAUGGUGCGGCCACAGGUUCAGCCUGCCCCUGUAGUGAGUGUGCCAAACACCCAGACGGUCUCAGACAUGAAGGCAAAACAGAGGCAAGCUUUGUUGGCACAUACACAGAGUUUCCUUAAUCCUGACAAUAAGCCGAGAGUGAAAUCCAAGGUGGAAGUAUCGGCCAAAGAGGAGAAGACCAGCAUUUUGGCCACGGAAAAUUCACCAGCUGAAAGUCCAGAAGGAGAAAAGAAAUGAGUGUUGUAGAAGUGGUGAUUUAUAUUUAAUGUUAAACAAUUAUUCUCUUGAAGAUCUGGUGUCCAAAUAAGUAAGAUUCAAAUGAAGCCAACACAUUUAAUUUAUUGACUUGAAAUAACCAACAUUUAUAAAAUGCAACAUUUGUCGCAUAAUAUUGGUAAACAUUAUCCAAAGAGAAAAAUACAUAAUUGCUUAUUUAAGGGACAUUAUAGACAUGAAAAGUUGGAAAUAAAUUACAGGAGACGAAAACAGUUGGCUAUGAUAAAGGAAUCCAAAAUGAUAAUGUGAAUUAAAAAAAAAAAAAAGGCAAGAAAUAAACACUAUGCUUGAAGAUGCUUCAAUAUUGGUUGAUAAUGGUUUUGUGUAAGGAAUUGUGCAGACCUAAAUGAAAAAAAAGUUCCACAUAUAAAAAAUGAUAAAAAGACAGUUUCAAUGCUGAUUUUUAUGUUUUUAAUUAGAAGUGACACUUAACUUCGACAUGGAAAACAAACUGACAGUUUAACACAGUACGAGUUUGAUUAUGAGAGGAGAGAUGGGACGGAAGACAAAUCUACAUGCUUUGGAUAAUGUUUGGAAUAUUUAUUUCACUGUAUAUACUCAUUUCUUUAACUUACAUUGUCCAAAGUUUGUGUCCGAUUUGUAUUGAUGGAGUUCCCUUUCAUCUCUUAAUAUGUAUUUGUUCAACAUGGAAUUAGGCCUAGAUAUGUGUUAUUUUUUGUGCAUCAUUUCAUACAUUGUAUAUAAGAGAAGAGCAUUUUUCUACAUAUUUUGUACAGCUGAAAUUUAAAAUAUAUACCACUUUUGCAAAUGAAUAGACUGUCAAAAUAGCUUUAAUAAUACUUAAACUUAUAACUUGUAUACACUUUUUUAUAUAUCUAAAGCAUUUAUUUGUACUAAAUUUGAAAUGUUUCUUUCAUUUUGUAAAUAUGUAACAUAUAUUGUUUCAAUUUACAUGAACCACUUUUUGAUCAAACUGUAAUUAUAUUCAUAUCCAUGGUUUGGAUAAUAUUGUGCACAACAAAAUUGUAUAUUGUAAAAAAGGUGUUGUCGUUUUAUAUCAUUCAUUGUACAUGUCUCAUUUUUAUUGUACUUUAAAGUUAUUAUGUAGCUUUCAUCCAUGUUCUAGGCCUUGUUCGUUGUUGAAUAUACAGUGGUAGUGUUACAAAACCAUUUAAAACUUACAGCAUAUGUUAGUAUAAAGUUGUGUGAAAUGUGUUUCAACAUUGAUUUAAAACUACAAUAUUAAACGCUAAACUAAGUUUUUGCAUAAACUUACAAGAUAUGUCAACACUAGGUGAUGCUGAAAAGCUUUAAAAUUGUAAGAAGUAUUUACACAGGCAAGUGUGAUUGGCAUUAGAAAAGAGAACCUAUUAUUAAUUGGCGGAAAAUGUUUUUAAUAGGGUUAUAAACAGAGGUGUUAUAAUAAUUCUUUGAGGUUUGAUAAGAGAGAAAAGAAGAAUUAUGGAAGUUUAAUUGCCAAAACAGGUUUUGACAAAUACUGGUGGUUAUUUGGUAUAAAUAUAGUUUGUGGUAUCCACAUUGAACUUGCAUUGAAUGGAAGGCAUCCAUGAAUGUAUUAAAAUGGAAAGAAACCACUUUCUGAAAGUCUGGUUUAAUUGGGUUAUAUAUUAGUUUAAGGAAGGAUUCUGUUUAAGACAUCCUGGGUUGAAAUCAUAUAUUGAUGGGUUUAAGAGUAAACUUUAAUGUUACUGUGGGCUAAUUAGUGGAAACCUAGAAGUAGUGAGGGAUUAAAGUUGCAAGUUGUGUAACGAGGGUGUUCAAAGAAACACAUGGUUUUUAUUUAUGGUUUGUUUAGUAGGUGGGUAAUGGAAGAGAAGCAAGGUUGAAGAGGAACCUUUAAAUGGCUGUAAGCCAAAAUUUCUGAAAACAUGCCCCAAAUAGUUUAUAUAGAGGGAAGAAGAGGUGUAAGGUGGAGAGCCCUUUGGGUGUUUUUAAUUUUAUAUGUUUUAUCCAUUUUUAUAAACUGUGAACUUUAUAAACAUCAUUGCCCCUGAUUGUUUAGAAGUUUCACAUGUUGAGUUAAUCUUGAAGCCUUGACUUUCAUAUUGCCCCAUGAAAGUCAGGUGAACAGAUUGAGUGAUUAUAUAUUGAUAAAGUAGUUCUAGAUUCAUUGUGUUUUUUUUCUCCUUUUUUUCUGUCUUAAUUUAUAAUAUUUUAUGUGACACUUUUGGGUUGCACAGUAGUUGAGGUUACUUUAAUAUUUUUUGUUCAUUUUGUACAAAAGAUGGCACAUUUAAUUUGAUGUGUGAGAGCCUGUGGGAUGUUACUGACUUGAUUGUCAGAUUUGUACGUUUAAAAAAAAGAAAGAAAAAAACAAGCCUAGUGGCUCUAGAUACCUCAUCACAUGUCGUAACUGCUUAAGAUUAUUUUGCUUCUCAUGUUUGAAUAACAGAUAGAGAGAUGUUCAGACAAACAAUUGUUGUACAAAAUUCAUGCCCUUGCCCGCAACACUUCCUAUGGUGUACGUCCGAGAUAAGAUAAAAUUGGCAGAAAUGGACUCUCAGCACACACAUUGGGUCUGUAGCUGCAACUGUUCUUGUUUUUUGGUGAGAGAAAUGAAUAAUGUAAGGUCUAUCUCUAUCUGCUGUCAUCAUUGUAUUAGAGAUCCAUCUAAUCAUCAUUGUGAUGGUCAAGUUCAACCAACACUUGUCUUGUGAUAUUGUGAUUUAAAAUAGCAUGUCAAGAUUUGGUUGCCUUGAACUGUCAAUAUUAGCUUCAAUAUUGUUUUGUUGUAAAGUUGUCGCGAAAUGUUUCACUGUAACACUGUACUGAUGUUAAAACUUGAUCAGUAGGUACAGCUUAUACAUCAUUGUCGAGUUUGUAUGUUUAUUUUCCUCAUAUAGAGUAAACAAAUAUAUAUCAGAUUGAUUUUAAGUGGACAGAUACUACAUAUAUAUGUUAGAAUACACUUUUUCACUGAUGCUGAUAUACUCCUGCUAGAAUGUAUAAUAUAAAAAUUUGAAUCCCAAGUUUCAAUUAAUUUUAGUUUCACUUGUAUAUUAUAAAUGACAAAACAUUUCAAGUAUCUAAAUUCAGUUUUAUUUGUUGCUUUAUCCGUUUAAACAAUUAUAAAAAAAUUAUUCGAGUAUUUCAAAUUUUGUUGAGACUCACUGUUAUUUUCGAUGCCUGCUUUGUUGAUUAAGUUGUAUGAAAAAAAAUAUUUGACUUUUAAGAUCUGAAGUAUGAAUUGUCUGUGAUAUAUCUAUAUAUGUACAAAUACCACAAUGUUGCAGGCAUAUAUGUUAUUACAAGAGUAUUAUACUUGAUCAACUGAUUGAUAAUGUGGCUGAUACACAAAGCUAUCAAAGAUUAUUCUUUUCUUGAUGGGUUAUAUAUAUAACCUUGUACGACCAGUUAUAUAACCUGAGAAGCUAGAUUAGGGAUAUAUUCAUGUAGCAAACAAUGUUAAUUGAAGGUCAUAUAACCUGUCAAAGUAUUUCGAAUUUAUAAUACACAAUUCCUUUAUUUGAGAAAAAGUCAGAGCUAAUAAGCAAGAAAUAUAUCUCGAUAAAUUCACCGUUUAAACCUGCAUUAUACAUGAAGCAUGUUUCUAAUAAACUCUCCCAAUUGUUUGAAUCAAAACUGUUUCGGUAAACAAUGUUGGCAUUUAAUUGAAAAUUUAUGUAAUUUACUGUAAUGAUCAUAACAUAUAGCUCUCCGUUGUAUUUUAAAAUGUACUUGCAUUCUGUAUAAAUUGUUCUUAGUAUGAUAUAUGUGUUUCAAAUUGAUUUUGCCAGUUUAAAACGGAUUCAGUUUGAAAGACACAAGGAGUUUGAAAGACACAAGGUUAUAAAUUGCAGUACUUUUGCUAUAGGAGAUAUUCAGCUACAUUUAAGAAUGCAUGAGUAUAAAAUGUGCAGUUUUUAUCAGGGUAGUCAACCUUGUUAUAGAAGUACAUGUAUCUGAAUGAUCAAUUAACAUUUGUCUGGUGCUUGUAGAUAGGUGUCUUUAAGGUUUUAAAACGGUAUAUAAUGCAUUAAAUAGAGCCAGUGUCAAGUUUUCUCAAAAUAUUCUUAAAGUCUAUACAAAUCAGUGUUUCAGUGAAACUUUGAAUUUUUUUCAAAUACAUGUAAAUUGAAACAAAUUCUCAUGUUUGUAAACCAUAUGUAACAAUUGUUAUUUAGUAUUAUGUGAGGUGUAAAAGUAUCGGUUUUAAAAAGAAACAUUGUUGUCUGUUUAAACUUUUAAAUCUAUAGUUAUUUGACAUUAAAAUAAGUAUAUCCCGUACUAUUUUAUCACAAUUAUAACCUGACUUUAACAGAAGUUGAAAACUUUUGGAAAUAUAUUCAUGUAUUAUACAGAAUUUGAAAUGCAAAUGAACAUAUGUUGUAAUGGUAAGGGAAAUACUUGUUGUUUUGUCUAUGUAAUAAUUAUAUACACACAGUGUAAUGGGUAAUUUUACAUUCUGUAGAUCUGUGUUGAUCUCUUUAUGUAAAGGAAAAUUUGUUUUGUGCAAACAUUAUCUUUGCAAGCGGCAUGAAACGUAUGUCCAUCUUUUGUUUGUGUGAUAGUUACUGUGGUACUAAAAUGUUUUUACAAAAUUUCUUCCAUCAUUUUCAUGCUCUCAAAAAAUAAAGGGCUCAAUGUGA